AUGGACAACAACCCGCCUCGUGAGGAAGAGCGUAUUCCAAGGCCUAUCAACGUGAGACGCACUCGGGCCGGCGCUGCAGCUCAGAGAAAGCGGAAAGCAUAUCAGCGAUAUAUCUUUGAGCGCGAUCAGGAUUUGGGCAUUUAUACCGAUCCGUUCGAAGUCCCCUUCCGUCGCCCUGACGGCUCUACUCGAGCCGUGGUGCGCCGUCCGGAGUCGGCUCCUUUUCAGGCUGUGGAAGAGCAAUCGGAAGUGAUCGUUAUUGACGAGCAGGCUCCGGAGACUCCGUCGAUCGUUAUUGACGAGCAGGCCCCGGAGGUUCCGCCGAUCGUUCUUGACGAGCAGGCCCCGGCAGGCCCCGGAGACUCCGCCGCCUUCUACGCCAUUCAGUCCGUUUCAUCGGCUUCAUCCUUCGACUCCUAUUCUGAAGGCGAAGACAACGGCUCCAUCACCUCCCGCUCCUUCGUCAUCAAGCUCUUCUACUCCGAGGCUUUUGCCGACUCCAAAGCCUUCGUUGGCUCCAUCGGAAUCAUUGCGAACUCCGCCACCGUCUACUCCAUCUUCGUCAAGUGUUCCAAAGUGCUGCCUCGUGUGCCGAAGGAACCUUCGCAUCCUCCGCCACCUCAGGUGACAGAAGUUCCUCGUGUUAUUGACUUCCGUCCCCUGCAGACUGAGGUGCUGAACUUUGAGGGUGUUAAGGUGAAGCUUACGGAACCAGCAUUCGAGAGAUUCUCUUUUGCUUUGAGCUUGGAUUUUCACGGAGUAUUGGAUCGAUAUCACAACAGGUCGACGAGCUGGACGGAUCCAAGGCCCGAGUUCCCUUCGGAGUGUGUGGCAGCCUUGCGCGAACUUCAUCCGUUGGUUCCGCGCUACGGGGGUUUAUUCUUCGCUUGCAGCUACUGUCAUCACGAGGACACCAAAAGGCACGUGGUUGGGACGACAGUGAACUCCUGUGAUACUCUGUUCACGCAGAUCGGGGAAUCGCUUAUUUGCCUCAUUUUCAUUACGAGGAAGGCCACUGGUCCGUUGGGAAAGCGUGCAGUGCUGGAGAAGCUGGCAAAGGAGGUUGGGUUCCCCAUCAUUCACGUCGACGACUCCGCGGACGUUUGUGACGAGCUGGCGGGUUCUCAGCACGUGAUUCCUCUGCAUAUUGCCAUUCCGAAGAGGCAUCGCACUAUUUUUCCGCGUGCUCCCGUGCCUUCCUUUGACAGCUUUCCGGAGUGUACUGGAGCUAUCAGAGGCAGUUGCAGAAGUGGUUUCCGGACGCCUAAAGGUCUGGGGCUGUUCGCCCAGUUGUUCGGCGCUGAGCGCCUCUUCUGGCGACUUCCGUGGCAGUGCGAUUCUGGUUUUAUUCGGGGCUCGGUGCUCAGCUCCUGA